AUGUUACUGUCUUCUGUAAUUAGCAAUACUUGUAGUAGCACAAUUAUGGUAGCUGCUGCUAGCAAAGAGUAUGAUGAUUUCGCAUUUUCAGGUGCCUCUGCCGCCAAGUCGCACAGAGUUGCUGUUGUUGGUGCCGGCGUCAGCGGGCUUGCGGCUGCAUACAAGUUGAAAUUGCAUGGUUUAAAUGUAACUGUAUUUGAAGCCGAAAGUAGAGCUGGAGGGAAGCUUAAAUCGGUCUGCCAAGAUGGUUUGAUAUGGGAUGAAGGUGCAAAUACCAUGACUGAAAGUGAUGCAGAAGUGGGUGUUUUGCUUGAUAACCUUGGCCUCAGAGAGAAGCAACAAUAUCCAAUUUCCCAAACCAAGCGCUAUGUUGCAAGAAAUGGAGCACCGGUACUGUUACCUUCAGAUCCCAUUGCGCUAGUCGGAAGUAACUUUCUUUCGAUGCAAUCAAAGCUUCAAAUAUUACUGGAGCCAUUGCUUUGGAAGAAGAAUCCAUCUAAGGGAUCAAAUGAACAAGAGAGUGUUGGGGGAUUCUUUGAACGCCAUUUUGGAAAGGAGGUUGUUGAUUAUCUUAUUGAUCCCUUUGUUGCUGGUACAAGUGGAGGAGAUCCGGAGUCACUCUCUAUGCGGUACUCAUUUCCUGAGCUAUGGAGUCUUGAACAAAGGUUUGGCUCUAUUAUAGCUGGGGCAAUACAAUCUAAAUUAUCUACCAAAAAGGGAAAUAAAGGAGGAAGAAAAAUCUCAAAUGAUAAGCAACGUCGUGGGUCUUUUUCAUUUAUAGGCGGAAUGCAGACCCUCACUAAUGCACUUUGCCAAGAGCUCGGUGAAAAGGAUAUUAAUCUCCAGUGUAAAGUUUUGGAACUGUCGUCUGGAAGCCACAAAGGAUGGCCAGCAAAUGAUUGGACUGUUAGUUGGACAUCACCUCAAAAGAAGAUAUAUGAGGAGAAACCUUUUGAUGCUGUGGUAGUUACGGCACCGCUUAACAGCUUGAAAGAGAUGAAGAUUAAAAAAGGAGGAAGUCCUUUUCGGCUUGACUUUAUUCCACAGGUUGUUUGCUUACCCGUAUCUGUUGUAAUUACCACUUUCAAGAAAGAGCGUGUAAAGUGUCCCCUGGAGGGUUUUGGAGUUCUUGUACCUACAAAAGAGCAACAAAAUGGUUUAAAGACCCUUGGUACCCUUUUUUCUUCGGCAAUGUUCCCUGACCGUGCACCUGAUGAUGUUCAUCUUUAUACAACCUUUGUUGGUGGAAGCCGAAAUAAAGAACUAGCUAAAGCCUCAAGGGAUGAGCUGAAGGACAUCGUAACUUCUGACCUUAGAAAGUUGCUGGGCGCAGAAGGAGAUCCAGCAUUUUUUAAUCACUACUACUGGAGUAAGGCAUUUCCGCUGUAUGGGAAAGACUAUAAAUCAGUGAUUGAUGCUAUUGAUAAGUUGGAGAAAGACCUUCCCGGAUUUUUCUAUGCUGGUAAAUUUCUAGAUUCAUUGUCUAACUUAUAUGUUGUACUUUAACAAGUAAGUUAGAUAUCAACGAUCUUGCAUGGUUACGAGUAGUGAGUGCUACUAUUGAACAGAAAUGUUAAGGUCAUGAAAAAGUACUUCUAUGGUUAACUCCCAUAGUCCCAUGUAAAGGUAGGAUUAGUAUUCACCGGAAAUGUGUUUGGGCAAUGCAUGGAAGGGACAUGAGAUCCACAUUCCACAAUAUAAUCAAUCUUGCUCAGUGGCAUAAAGAAUCAGUUGUAUAGUUAAAUUCUGUUUUGGUUCAUCCGAAAACUUGUACUGAUGACAUGUGAGGGCUGGGUGAAACAUGAUUGGUAGGUAACCACAAGGAAGGACUGUCUGUGGGUAAAGCCAUAACAUCAGGAUGCAAAGCAGCUGAUCUAGUCAUCUCAUAUCUGGAUUCUUCUGCUGUAAAUAAGAUGGAGGAAAGCUCUCACUGAAGUUUGAUUCUGGGGAGGAAUAUUUUAACUGCAGCUGUAUUUUAGGGCAACCUUAUUUAGAAGUCAUUAAGAAGGGUUUUUUAAUCAAAUUAUUUUUUGGAGAAUGUAAUUUUGUACAUUCUGAUAGCAAAUAGCAAUUGUUUUUAAAUACUAGUAAAGUGAAAGAAUGUUCAACAGUUAUGGAAGCUUGAAGAAAAGUUGUAGCAGGUUCACCAUAUAUCUUUCUUUGUUAGGCCUAGAAAGGUGUACCUUACUGUACUGUGUAGUGUGACUUGAUUUAAUUUAGUGGCAGAGCCCAACAGAGAGAUACAUUUCCCAUGAUGCAGAAAGCAGAAUAUCAUCAAAGUAGUAGAUCUGUUGAAAUUAUAGUACUACUAGAAAGCAUGCGGGACUCUUGAGGGUCUCAAUCUUUAUUAAACAACAAGGAGAGAAAAAGAAAGGGUAAGGAUUUUGUUUGACUGAAUGAUGAAUUGAUGAAGAAAGUUAAAGAAAUUGGGGUCCCCAUGAAGAACACACCUCAUUGUCUGCACUCUGCUGUGACUGCACUGAUUAUAUGGAAAUCGGGAAUUGCAGAGACAGAAAGAGACAGAAAACAAAUUGGUUGGAUUAAACAGAUUGGGCUUUUUUUUUUCUUGGAAUCUCAACCAUUCUUUACUGCUGGUGGAUGUUGAAAUUUUACUAGUACUAGUUGCUUUUUGGGCUGGUGAGAUUAUUCUCUGCACCACAACAAACCGAAUGCAAGAAUUGACAG